AAAUCUCCUAGCAUUGUGAUGCAUUUAUUUUGCCAAAGUAUUUGGAGAAGCAUAUCCAGGAAUAUAUAUUUGGCUUGAUGUAUAUGCACUUAGUACCUAAGUUCUUUUAAUCUGUUUUCUAGGCUAAUUUUGAAAAUGGGAGGUUUUGGGAUCCUCUGUUCCAAUGAGGAUUCCUCAACCUCCUGGUUUAAUUCAUUUGAUCUUGCUUAACAAUCUUUGCAAGACCAGUUGCACUUGUAGAGCAGGCAAAUAGGUUGUCUGUAAUUGUAUAGCUUCUCUGGGAAAAAGGGAAACUUACAUUCCAAUGCCAGGAAGAGUUAAAGUAUCAGUUAUCCAGUUUGUAGAUUUGCCAACCAAGGCAACAGGGGGAAAAUAUGUAUCCAUUAAAGCUAGUAUUGGUAACACAAAAUUCCAGACAGACCCUUCUGAGGCAGAUGAAAAUAAAGCAGCACUGUGGAAUUCAGGUUUUGAAUUCCCUGUACUCAAUCUUCAGGACAACCUAAUAAUCCAACUUCUUGAUAGCAAGGACAACACAAUUUCUCAAAUAGAAAUUGGAAUCCUAACUAUACUUGAGAAGGGUUGCAUGGAUGAACUAUUUCCCCUUAAGGGUGGAGGCCAUAUAAAUCUGAGGAUAAAUUUUGUUUUGACAUUGGAAGAACACAUGAGGAUUGAAGCUCUGAGACAGGCUGCUCGUAAAAAGAUAGAGCACAAAAGUUUAAAGAUAUAUAGCAGCAUCCCAGCAGAAGUGAACAAGAAAAGCAUUUCUCAAACCCUUCGUAAGUAUAGUAAGAGUAAAGAUGAUCGUGGCAGCCAUGAUGAAAAGAAGAGACUGAUAAUAGCCAUUGUUGUCCCUGAACCAUCACUAAUACCAAACGAAGUGACGGAUAAAACAGAGUGCAUCCAAGAGGCAUUUGCAUUGCUUUCUCCAAUUGAUUCACAGGCUCCCCACAAAAAGGCCUUAAAGUAUGGUGUGAAGAAGAGUAGGAUUAAAUUCUUUGCCAUGAAAAAAUUAUUCAUCUGUUUUGCAGGCUCUCCUGUGAACAAUUAAAUAAGACCUCAAAAGAAUUAUGUAGAGGUAGAAGGAGAGUUAAUUAUAAAUGCAUCCUCCUCUCGAACUCUAUCUAAUAUUUAGGAUGGUUAGUCCAUUGAAAGAGAGAAUUUUGGGAAAAAAGUAAGGAUCCUUGAACUUCUCAUGAAAGGCCCUUAGUCAAUUUAUAAU